GUUCAGGAUUACUUCCUCUGCGCUUUCGUUCCUUCCAUGACUUCACCGUAAUCCCAGACAACCAACACCCUGCUCUUCGAAGUCCAAUGAACAGCCAGCGGCAGCCCUCCGCCAGGGGCUGGCGAGCUGCGCACCGCGGAGCUCCCAGCAGCCUCCAAGGCGAAGCGCAGAAUUCGCGGCCGGUGGCUUUGGCGUCUACCUGAAAGACGGGACCUUGGCAAUAUUGGACUACGUUUCCCACAGGCUCCCAAGUAGUAAAAGAACUUCGACCUUUGGUUCCCCUUCCGGUGUCGCUGUGGUUUGGGAUUUAUGCCUGUUCUGCGAGAGAAGUUGUCUGAAGUGGAGGACAGCAUUGCUACUUACUUAAUGGCCCAUUCAAGUUUCGAUGGGGAACAUGUCCGUGGAGCUUCUCACACUGUCAUAUCAGACAUGGGAUUACCUGAGCAGUUCUUUACAGUUCUAACCAUGGACCAUGAGUUGGUGACAUUCAGGGAUGUGGUCAUCAACUUCUCUCAGGAGGAGUGGGAAUAUCUGGAUUCUGCUCAGAGGGACUUGUACUGGGAUGUGAUGAUGGAGAACUACAGCAACUUAGUCUCACUGGAUUUGGAGUCCAAGUAUGACAGAAAGAGUUUAUCUAUAGGGAAAAACAUUAUUGAAAACAAUGGUUCUCAGUGGGAAGUAAUAGAAAGUAAUAAGUUCAUUGAUCUUGAUAAAUCGAUUUUCAGAAGUGGCUGGCAAAGGAAAAGCAAGAUUGAAGUGCAGACACCGAAAGUGAGAGAUUUCAGUCAAACAAAAAUCAUCUUAGAACAAGUGCCCAAUUACAAAAAUCAUAAAUUUCUAACAUCACAUCAGAGAAUUCAUGAUAGGAAGAAGCCCUGUGACUAUAAGGAAUAUGGGAAGGUCUUCAGCUGUGACAUAAACUUUGAUGAAUAUGAGAUAAUACAUACUGAUGAGAAAACUUAUGAAUGUAAUGGAUAUUACAAAACCUUUGGAGUAGAUGACCCAAAUAUCCAACAACUAAAUAUUCAUACUGAUGUGAAACCUUGUAAAUAUAUGGAAUAUGGAAAUACAUUCAGUUUUUAUAAAGACCUUAAUAUACAACAGAAAAUUCAUGAUGAUCAGAAGUGCUAUAAAUGUAAGGAAUAUGGAAGGACAUUGAGAAGAGUGAAAGAAAUUACUCCACUUCAAAGAAUACAUGAUGGUGAGAAACCCUAUGAAUGCACUUUCUGUGGGAAAUUCUUUAGAGUACAUGCACAACUUAAUCAACAUCAGAAAAUCCAUGUUGAUGAGAAACCUUACAAAUGUAUGGAAUGUGACAAGGACUUCAGAUUUCAUUCAAAGCUAACAGAGCAUGAGAGGAUCCAUACUGGUGAGAAACCAUACAAAUGUAUACAAUGUGAGAAGGUGUUUAGAAUUAGUUCACAGCUUAUUGAACAUCAGAGAAUUCAUACUGGUAAGAAACCCUAUGAAUGCAAGGCAUGUGGAAAGGUAUUUAGAAAUAGUUCAUCCCUUACUAGACAUCAAAGAAUUCAUACUGGUGAGAAACCCUAUAAAUGUAAGGAAUGUGAGAAAGCUUUUGGAGUAGGUAGUGAACUUACUCGACAUCAGACAAUUCAUAGUGGUCAGAAACCUUAUGAAUGUAAAGAGUGUGGGAAGUUCUUUAGGCUUACUUCAGCCCUUAUUCAACAUCAAAGAAUUCAUAGUGGUGAGAAACCUUAUGAAUGUAAAGUAUGUGGGAAGGCCUUUAGACACAGUUCAACAAUAACUGAACAUCAGAGAAUUCAUACUGGAGAGAAGCCUUAUGAAUGCAAGGUGUGUGGGAAGGCCUUUAGACAUAGUUCAUCCUUUACAAAACAUCAAAAAAUCCAUAUUGGUAAGAAACCCUAUGAAUGUAAGGAAUAUGUGAGUAUCUUUAGUGUGAGCAAGCAUCUUACUUGAUAUCCAAAAAGUAAUAUUGGUGAGAAGUCUUGAAAGGCACAUACAAAGGCCUUUUGUUUGAGUUUCACUGGAAAAACUGUAUGUUUAAUAAAAAUUAAUCAAGGGAAUUCACUAUCUCUUAUUAAAUCUUUUUUCCAGAUGUUAUGGCCACUCUAGAAUUGCUCAGUCAUAGGUGAUACUUUCAGCUUUGUUAGAUAUUGCCAGAAGUUUUUUCAUAUCAAUUAACAUUCUGAAUAUCCAUUUAUGUAGGAUGGUCCCUAUUAAUCCAUCUUAAAUGUGUGGAAAAUGUAUUUCCCUAAUUAUAAAUUAUUUGAGUUAUUUUCUUA